AUGUUCAAAAAGCCAUUUUCCGUAAAGAGUAAUACAAAUAUAAGGAACUCUGAAAGGUAGGGCCAAUAUAACAAAACAAGAUUCCCACAGGAAGAAGCUUUUUGCGUCUUUUCCAUCUGAUUCCGUCGAUAAAUUCCCGUCCAAGGCAGUUUUUUCCAUCUGUAAAGUGAUCAACUUUCAACAAAGAGAAGUAAAUGUCUACUUCUGUGAAAGAACUCCUGUUUUCUUCAACAUUUCGGAUGAUGCUAACAUCUACCCUACUUUAUAUUUUCUGUGGCAAUUUCCGGCCGCCAUUCCUAUUCUUUUAAUUCAUGAUCAAGUAUUUGAAUUUAUUCAAAAUGGUGCAGAUUUAAUGCUUCCUGGUGGGUGGACCUGUUUAGGCUUAUAUCUUCAGGCGUUUUUAUUCAUCCGGAUUACAAGUUCCCCGAAUUCCCGGUCAAUUCUCCCGUUUCUAUUGGUAUUUAUUCUGGAAAACAUGGGACUGUGAGUGGUCCUGUGGCAGUGGGAGUCUCGCUGAUGUCUUCACAAGAGAUGAGAGCAUGUGGAAUGAAAGGACGAGGGGUUACUGUUCAUCAUGUUAUCCAUGAUCAUCUAUGGGAUGAGGGAGCUAAGGGAAAUCCACCCAUAAUUCAAUUAGAGACCAUAUUUCAAUCAGCAACGGAUGAGGUUGAAGAAGAUUUGGGAUCUACGAUUGAGUCCGUAUUACAAUUAAAUCAGGAACCAGAAGAAGAGAAAGUAGAAGAGAAGGAAGAAAAAGAAGAAAACGAAGACAGCGUGGAAGAAAACGACGAAAAAGUACUCUUUUUUAAAAGACGGUUUCUUAUUCAGUGCAGUCAGUAUCCGUGGACAUAGAAAAAGAUCGAUAAUGGAACCAUUAUUUUUCCGAUUUCCUAUCUGUAAGAUGCCGUAUCGGCCGAUAAAAACGGUGGUAGAAUCUUUCAUUCUGAAAAUUUCACAGGCGAUUUUACGAUUUUUGUAAUCAUCGUAACAUGCUACUCUAGAAGUAAUCGAAAAAAAAAGUUUUGAAAAAGCAGCGAUAAACUUUGUGACAUAGUGGCCGGGACUACUAAUCCUGCGAGCUGAGUUCGGGUCCGACUGGGUGCGAAUAUCGAAAAGAAGACGGAAAUUAACUUUUUUCAAACCGUUUGAGUUUGAUAACACUUAUUCUAAUUGUUAUUGUAAGAAAUUUCCCGUUAAAUUUUCUUAUGGCUUACAAUCAUUUUUAGUAAUGCAAAAAAGAUUUUUUUCCUAUGUCCACACCUGACUGGCGGUUAAUGACAUCGUUUUUUUCAGAGACAGUUAGCGAGAAAUUGAAACUUUUCCUGUUUAGCUGGCGACGUUCAAUUUUUAACUGAUGGGAACCAGAGAUUGCCACGGCUCCGGAGCCGCUCAGAGCCGGAGCCGGAAAUUUUGGGGUCGGCUCCGGCUCCCGAGCCCAAAGUCGGAGCCAGGCUUCCCAGCGGUCAGAAAAGUAAAAAUUUCGUGAUCUUGUUAAACCAAAUUGCUUGAAAAAACACUGCGGAGGAUGUCACUUGACUGCAAAAACGUUGGCUGGCACUAAUAACUUUUAUUUUUGGAAAAAUACUUCUAAAAAAACAUUUUGCAUAGGAGCCGGGAUUCGGAGCCGGAGGCCUUUUUAAAUUUUGCACGGAGCCAAGAGCCGGAGCUGCAAAUUUGGCCUCGGCUCCGGCACUGGGAGCUAAGAGCCGGAGCCGAAAUUUUGACCGUGGCAAUCUCUGGUGGGAACCAUAUCUACAUUUAUGAUUUAGCCCAUAGGGUAUUUAAGGCCGUAGUCAACUUUUGUUUCCAUAGUACACUCCAUUUCAAAAUGAUAGACACGCCUAUAAAAUUUGCAAUUGCGGUGUCGGGGUUCAGUUGACGGAUACGAAACCUAAACAGGUUGAAAGAGGAGGUUUGAAAACCUACACCUACAAAUCAAUUUUCUCAUUGCACUGUAAUUGCACUUUACACAAAAGAUUUUCCAAAUUUUGGGUGUUUCAAAAUGAUAGACACGGCUGAUAUUUUUGCCAAAAACUUGCGAAUAUGGGCCCCAUGGAGCUUGAAAUUAUUAGUAUGACUGUAUUGCAACUGUCUGGACUUUACUGAGCUCAAAAAGCCCAAAUUUUAAUGCAAUUGUCCCGGAAUUGCACAUAUACCUCCAUUUUGUGCAAUCUGGCCUGCAUUUGUCAGAAGUCCACUUUCCAUGGGCACAGACAGUGCAGAAGCGACCUAUGGUAUGUAAUGGAGUAGAUCCAGUCAGUUUUCACCGGUAUGCAACACAAAAAUGCGUGGAAAUUGCAACGAAAACUGAUUCCGCAGCGAAAGUCGUCACUUUUAAAGCUUCUCAAGCGGGUGCCUGUCGUUUGCACAACCCAAAAAGCUCUGAACUAUCUUGAAAACCCACAAACAAACGUUAUUACAUAAUCCUUAUGUCCACGUUCAGUCGGGCCAACGCCAGAAAACGUCAAGUUUGCAAAAAGCCCUUUUUAACCCAUUUUUAAGCCUAUUCUGCAUAGAUUCGCAAAAUAAUGGUGCACUGCGGACCCGCCGAAGCAAUGCUGCACAUGCUACCGUGCUAAACGUAUUUACAAAACCCUAAACAUUCCAGCCAAGAAGUCUUUCUUCGCAUCUAGCUUGUUUCGAAACGUAGGGUAGCCUUCAAAGCUGACUAUGUCGCAGCGGAAUCAGUUUUUGUUGCAAUUGCCACGCAUUUUUGUGUUGCAUACCGGUGAAAACUGACUGGAUCUACGCCAUUACAUACCAUAGGUCGCUUCUGCACUGUCUGUGCCCAUGGAAAGUGGACUUCUGACAAAUGCAGGCCAGAUUGCACAAAAUGGAGGUAUAUGUGCAAUUCCGGGACAAUUGCAUUAAAAUUUGGGCUUUUUGAGCUCAGUAAAGUCCAGACAGUUGCAAUACAGUCAUACUAAUAAUUUCAAGCUCCAUGGGGCCCAUAUUCGCAAGUUUUUGGCAAAAAUAUCAGCCGUGUCUAUCAUUUUGAAACACCCAAAAUUUGGAAAAUCUUUUGUGUAAAGUGCAAUUACAGUGCAAUGAGAAAAUUGAUUUGUAGGUGUAGGUUUUCAAACCUCCUCUUUCAACCUGUUUAGGUUUCGUAUCCGUCAACUGAACCCCGACACCGCAAUUGCAAAUUUUAUAGGCGUGUCUAUCAUUUUGAAAUGGAGUGUACUAGGAGUUCCACAAGUACCACUUUAAUUUUGGUACUACUAGUCCGAAGUGCCAAAAUCUUGAACUUUUCAAUUAAAACGUUUACUAAGCAUGUACGAAAACUCACAAAACCGCUCAUAUCUCAACGUUCCGACAAGCUGUUGGCCCACCACUGACACAUGCUUAUCAAAAUUCUAUUUUAGUCUAAUGGUGUAAAAGGCUAUACGGAACACUAUACCAAAGUUUAGCGCCUGCAUCCACCAAAACCCCAGUGCGGAAGUCACCCGAAAUCUUUGCCGGAGGGCAUAACUCGGUAAUGGGCCAAUAUGGUUUUCCACCUGCAUUCUAUGCGUUUAACAGAUAAAAAAUGAGGUUAAAAAAUCAAAACAAUGUUAAAAAUUCAAUGUCGUUGCGAACCUUCGAUUUCUCGCAAACUUUAUCUUAAGUGAUUGUGAGCCAUUUUAUAGUUGAGGAAGUAUUUCUUCUGGGCCCUGAAGAACAAUGUGGAUUCAUCUAUCUUGCCCAUUGACGCCGGACAGUUCUAUGCCAUUUAUUUAUUAAAAAAACUGCCUGAGGGCGUUCGCAUUAACCUCAAGAAAACGUCAUUUAAAAAAUUCAGCACUUUUUUAAAGAAGGUCAACGAUUUUAGCAAUGGAGAAGUGUUAAAAGUAGCCAAUAAAAAAGGUGUCGACUCAAUCACCGAGGUGGGAUAUAAUUUAAAAUUAGAGGAAGUCUUUAGAUAAACUUUUCCCAUCCUCUAAUACAACAAGCAGAGCAAUUACAAGGUGCGAAUGAUGAAGAGGGACCGAAAGGGAUCGGGAGACCGAGGAUCUCCGAAUGUUUUUCCAUCACCGAAGCAGUGAUGCCAUUCUUGGGGCCAUUUGGAUACCGAAGAGGAGAUGUGAUCCAACAGAAUCAGGUCAGAGAAUGUGUUGUGAACUAUGGAACCAAACAUGUAAGUAAGCCAUUAAUUCGUUUUAUAGAGUCUUCAGAAUCUGAUCCGGAACAAUGGUAAAGGCAUAGAAUUGGAUGAUAAUCUACAAACUCUGAUGAGGCACUUCCUUCCCGCCAUUGUCAUCGUCAAUGAUGUUGUUCAAAAGUUGGUAUCACAUAUGACUAAAACCAUUGUGGUGACUCUAGAAGACGGGAGGAAGAAUAUCAAAAGAAAUCAAACACCAUUCAUCGAAUUCAAGGUAUAGAUUUAUCACAUAAUUAUUUGUAUUACAGGUGGAAAAACGAAGUGGAAAUAAGACAGUAACUCUUGUCAGCAACUUUUCUUUCUUCGGCGUUGAUGCAAAAGCGCUAUCCAAGAAAGUUCAAAAUGCAAUGGCCACAGGGGCUAGUAUAAACCAAGACGUUCCUAAUUGUGAAGGUCCCCAACUUCUAGUGCAUGGAAACCAUGUCAAUUACCUUGGAGAACUCUUCCAGAAUGAGCUUGGAAUACAAAAGAAAUAUAUCAAAGGCCUUGAAUUGGGAGCUAAGACAAAGAAAGGCAAAAGUAGAAAUACCGGGUUUAUCUAA